UUUGUCAUUCGGGCAGCCAAUGAGAAACGCGCAUUGAGACACCGGAACAAGAAGAACAAAAACAGUGGCGGGAUUUUACUUUCGGGUUCUGAAGUUUAUAUCAAGUAAAUUUGACACUAAAUUAGUGGAAAUAUGUGCGAGAAAAUCAACAUUGUGACCCAGUGGCUCAGGAAGGUGUUCGGGCAGCAGCCGGUACCAGAGUUUGAGGUGAACACGCGCACAGUGGAGAUUCUGUAUCAGCUGGCGGAGAGCAGUGAGCUGAGAUGCAGAGAGGUUGAGCUGCUCAUCGAGGACCACGAGCAGAAAACAGAAGAGUACAGCAGUGAUGGAGCCCAUCUGCAGGAAGUGCUUCUCCAGGGAGUUGGACUUCAGCUUGGAGGACUUUCCAAACCCACGGUGGACCUGCUGUCGGUGCUGGAGGGCACCGCUGAAGUGCUUAAAAUCAAAGACACAUCACUUGGGAGCUACAUGCCAGCAAUCAAUAAACUGACCAAUGACGUGUUGGAGGCAGAGAAAACGGACCGGAAGUUGCAGCGGGAACUUUCUGCUGUUAGGAAGAAAAUGACUUCCUCAGUUGUUCUUCGGAAAAAACAUCAGGAUGAUUUGAUGAAGAUCACACAUAUACAGCAGGUGGAAGCAGCUACAGCGGAGGAGAGGCUUCUUAACAUGGACUUCAUGAAGAAUAAAUCCAGAGAUCUCACUUGCAGGAAUAAGAUUGCACAGGAAAAGCUGGACUCACGGCAGAUGGAAGAUUCUUUUACCCAUCAGGCCAUCCUGCAGUUAUCCGAGAAAAUUGCUGCGCUGAAAGAAGAAACACUACCUUUGAAGAAGAAACUAGAGCCGUAUAGUGAUUUGAGCCCUAGUCCAGCUCUUGCACGGGUGAAAAUCGAGGAAGCUAAACGAGAGCUGGCUGCCUUGGAUGCCCAGCUGGAGCAGAAAGUGGACUUCAUGAACACUUUAUGUAGAUAACUUUAAAUAUCUAAUAAAACAUUAAGUGUGUUAAUAAAUGUAAUUCAUAUGACUUCUAACUUGUGCAAUUUGUAAUAAACGCAAUUCCUCUCCAAAA